AUGGUGAUCACGUCAUACUUCUUGGACUUGAGCUUGGACUCGAUUGCUUCGGCCUUCACCUCGUCGCCAAACACCUCUGCACCAAUGAUGUCAACGUUGUCGGUGUACACCUGCAAGGCCUCGGCAAAGUGCUCCGAGAAGAAACCGGUGGACACAACAAGGGCAGACUCGGACUUGGAGAGCAAAUUGGCCCCGACGAUUUCCCAUCCCAGAGUUCCGGAUCCGGAGAUCACAAAGCCUUGA